CCCUUCAACCGUCUGGAGCAGCACUGUUGUGUGUGAAUGCGAGCGGCGUGAAUCAGCUGAAUUUGAUUAUUUUAUUUACAUUUUGUUAGGAAAGUGCAAUCAUGGCUACAGCAAGCAGAACGCUCGAGGAUGCCGUAAAUUGGGAAAAUGAUGAGUUAGGUGAGGAAGUGCUUCGAAUGAGCACCGAUGAAAUUCUUUCUAGAACACGCUUGCUGGAUAAUGAAGUAAAAAUCAUGAAAAGUGAAGUUAUGAGGAUCUCGCAUGAGUUACAAACUCAGACAGAGAAGAUAAAGGAGAAUACCGAGAAGAUCAAAGUCAACAAAACUUUACCGUACCUAGUUUCAAAUGUUAUCGAGUUGCUAGACAUUGAUCCUCAAGAUACCGAAGAAGAUGGAGCUGUAGUAGAUUUAGACGCCCAAAGGAAGGGGAAGUGUGCUGUCAUCAAAACUUCCACUCGACAGACUUAUUUCCUCCCGGUCAUUGGGUUGGUUGAUGCUGAAAAACUGAAACCAGGCGACUUGGUUGGUGUAAAUAAAGAUUCCUAUUUGAUUCUUGAAACUCUUCCAGCAGAGUAUGAUGCACGUGUAAAAGCAAUGGAGGUCGAUGAAAGGCCAACGGAACAGUACUCAGACAUUGGUGGAUUAGACAAACAAAUUCAAGAGUUGAUAGAAGCAGUAGUUUUACCGAUGACUCACAAAGAAAAAUUCGUGAACUUGGGUAUUCAGCCACCCAAGGGAGUCCUGCUCUAUGGACCUCCUGGAACAGGUAAAACUUUGCUGGCCAGAGCAUGUGCUGCCCAGACCAAAUCCUGUUACUUAAAACUAGCCGGUCCUCAGCUGGUUCAAAUGUUUAUCGGAGACGGUGCAAAGUUGGUAAGAGACGCUUUUGCUCUAGCCAAGGAUCAAGCUCCAGCAAUUAUUUUCAUUGAUGAGUUGGAUGCAAUUGGAACGAAGAGAUUCGACUCUGAAAAAGCUGGAGACAGAGAGGUCCAAAGAACUAUGCUUGAACUCCUUAACCAGUUGGAUGGUUUUAGUUCAACAGCUGAUAUCAAAGUGAUAGCUGCCACAAACCGUAUCGAUAUCCUAGAUCCUGCUCUAUUGCGUAGUGGACGUCUAGACAGGAAAAUUGAAUUUCCUCAUCCCAACGAGGAGGCUCGAGCACGUAUUAUGCAAAUUCACUCUCGUAAAAUGAAUGUCAGUCCGGAUGUAAACUUCGAGGAGCUAUCUCGCUCAACAGAUGAUUUCAAUGGAGCUCAGUGUAAAGCUGUUUGUGUAGAAGCUGGUAUGAUUGCUCUGCGUAGAGGUGCUUCCACUGUAACACAUGAAGAUUUUAUGGAAGCCAUCAUUGAAGUUCAAGCCAAGAAGAAAACUAGCCUUAACUACUACGCUUAAAUUUAAUAUCCAUAUUUUUUUUGUAAAUACUUGCCCAAUUUUCUAAUUU